AUGAGUGUAAGAGUUCCCACCACCACCAUGGCCAUGCCCCAGAGACCGCAGACUAAUGAUAUUGGUAGUCCUGCUCUGCCACUGCCCAUUCCCAAGGAGGUUUCCCCCCCUGCUUGUGACGAUUGUCAGCGACUCCAAACAGAGAUGGCCGCCAAUCCCGGCGGGCCAAAAAUGAACACCACCGGCUGGAUCUUGCUGGGUAUCACGGGUGGCAGUGCCGUGGCUUUGACCGUCCUGUGUGGACCCUUUGUCACGCCCGCCUUACGCAAGGUGUGUCUGCCGUACGUGCCGGCCACCACGGCUCAAGUUGAAAAUGUCUUCACGGCGCUCAAGGGACGGUCGGGCUCGUUAGUCGAUAUCGGCUCGGGUGAUGGUCGAAUCGUGUAUGCCGGUGCCCAACGCGGGUUUCGCGCCCAUGGCAUUGAACUAAAUCCGUGGUUGGUGCUCUUCGCCCAAUUGAGAGCUCGUCGCUGGGGCUUGAACCGGUCAGCCACGUUCGCCCGUCAGGACUUGUGGCAAUCCGAUCUCCGGCAUUUCGACAACGUGGUCAUUUUCGGCGUCCAGGAAAUGAUGCCUCAACUUGAAGCCAAGUUGGAUCGAGAACUCUCGGUCAAAUCUUGCGUGGUGGCGUGUCGAUUUCCGUUUCCCAACUGGAAACCCAUAAACGUGGUCGGCGAAGGCAUUGAUACCGUCUGGUUAUACCGACCAAAGACGUAGAGAGUACGCAUGACUUGAUCCAAUGUAAUGCCAUUCAGUUCGAAUUAAAUGUCAGGAAACUUG